AUGACAACAUCAGAGAACACAACAACAGUUAUAGUCCAUGAAGCUAUAAAUGAAGAAUACGAAUACAUACAAUAUAACAAACAACUUCGCCUCAUUCGUUCGGUCAAAGACGAUAUGUACCAAAUGCAAAGUAUAAUGAACGCUCUUCGUUCUACAAAGCAAGCAUAUCAUUGGUUUGAAAACCAACAGACAAAAGAACUUUUAGAAGAAUUUCCUCAUAUGAUUGCUUCCCUCGGAAAACCGAGAGAAGAGAUAGUUAGUAUACAAGUCUCGUGUACAGAGGCACUGCGUUCCUCCGUACGCAAUACUUGUGAAUUUGACACUUUACAAAACCGUUAA